CAACGCUAGAUUCACAACAAUUCACAAUAAAUCCUAAAAGGUGUAAGCAAGUGGAAAUCAAAUAUUUUGUUUUUCUUAAGUUAAUAUAAUAAUUUUUAACUAAUUUAUAACAACAAAAUGUCAUUUCGUGAUUUACGAAACUUCACGGAGAUGCUGAGGGUACUUGGAUAUCCUAGGUUAGUGUCCUUAUCCAAUUUUCGAUCUCCAAAUUUUCCUCUGGUUGCAGAAAUACUAGUUUGGUUGGUGAAAAGAUUCGAUCCAGACUCAAGCAUCUCAGGUGACUACGCAACCGAACAAGAUCGUGUGACUUUAAUUCGUCAAGUAGCAGAAUUUAUGGCAAUCACAGCAAAUAUAAAACUGAAUACAAAGAAACUUUAUCAAGCUGAUGGCUACGCUGUGCAAGAGCUUCUAAAGGUCACUACACUACUGUACGAAGCUCAACUGAAAAGCUCUGAAAAUUCUUCACACACAGAAACACUUCACGACUUGAAAUUCGACAUUUCGGAUAAAAUAAAUGAAUUAAAAAGUACAAGACAAUUGGCAAGUGAACUCACAAUAAACGGCGCAACACUGUUCGAUCUCCUCGGGCGGGAAGCUGAACUUCGUGAAAUUCGUAAUUCGAAGGCUUCCCGGCAAUUUGAUACUUCUGAAAUUGAGAUGGCGCUUAAGGAAACAAUUGACAAUGCCAAAAGAGAAAUUGACGACACAAGAAAACAAAUAAAUAAUGUUAAGGAAACGGAACAAAAUUUAGAUGCUAAAAUUGAAAGAAGACGAACUGAACUCGAUAGGAAUCAAAAGAGAUUACAGACUUUAAAAAAAGUUAGACCAGCAUUUAUGGAAGAAUUUGAAAGACUUGAAGUUGAAUUAAAAAAUCUUUAUGAAGAUUAUCUUCAAAAAUUUCGUUAUCUGGCGUACUUAGAGCAUCUUCAGGAAGAUACAACAAAAGUAGAACAAGAAAGAUUCGAAAGAAGACAAGCAGCAACUAAAAAACAAUUGGAACAAUUGAGAGCUGAGGAUGUGAGUUUUGAAACUCUUCUCGAAGGAAAUGAUUCUAUUUUCACUAAUAAUAAUCUUCAGGAUCCAUUGGCACUUGGAGAAGUGGAAAAACGUGUUCCUGAAAAUACUGCGCGAGAAACUGGAAGAGCUUCAAAAAUGCGAAUUCCACAACGUAGAAUUUAUGGAAGUAUGUCAGGAAGACAACGUGGAGUUGUUCAUGAAGCAAACGAAAGUGGAGAUUCUUUAGACAGCGAUAGUGAUUUAUUGAUUGAUGGUGAUUUAGACGAUGAAGAUGAUGACGAUGACGAUGACGAUAUGCUUUUAAAUUCUGUUCAUCCAACGGGAAUGACUGAAUUUGAUGUAAAACCAAAUCAAGAAAAACGUGCUGUCAGCAAAAUUGCUCAUUCUGAUGAAGACUUUUAAAAAUCAAUAUUAUUCGUGUACUAAAAAUUGUACACUAUUAAAAUAAAAAAAAAAUUUAAUUUAAUUAUAGAUAACAAUAUCAAAUAAUUAUUGGAAAUUAUUUUUUAUUCAAAAAGUUUAUAUACAAUAACAAUAAUCAUAUAUAUAUUAAAAUUGUUCACUUGUAAAAAUAAUAAUUGUGCACUAUUUAUAAUAUA